AUGGCAGCUGGCAUACGAGUAUCGAUUGACCGUGGUGGAACCUUUUGUGACGUGAUAGCACAGCUCGAUGACCAAGACCCCGUCACUUUCAAGCUACUAUCCGUGGAUCCGGCGAAUUAUUCCGAUGCUCCUACAGAGGCUAUCAGACGUGUGCUGGAAAUGGUCGAUGGCAGGCCCAUACCCAUUGGCGAAAAACUGGACGGCUCGCGUAUCUCAUCAUGUCGCAUUGGUACUACCGUCGCAACAAAUGCCCUCUUGGAGCAGAAAGGCGAGCGAUUUGCCUUCAUCACGACAAAAGGUUUCAAGGACGUCUGUGUCAUCGGCGACCAAAGCCGACCAAAGCUAUUUGAUCUCAACGUGCGCAAGGCAAAAGCACUGCACGAUACGGUCAUUGAAGUCGACGAACGUGUGACUAUUGAGGAUUAUGAUCUGAACCCAACACCAUUGGACAAGAGAGUGGACCCCACAGACAAGAGUCUCGUCCAAACGCCAAGCGGUGAAGUCAUCCGGAUUCUGAAGAGGGUCGAUGUUGAAGAAGUUUGCCGACAACUAAAUGACCUGAAAAAUCAGGGUUAUACUUCCCUUGCCAUUGCCCUCAUGCACUCCUAUCUCUUUAAAGAUCAUGAACAACAGGUUGCUAAGAUAGCCCAGGAUAUUGGCUUCAAGUUCGUCACGUUAUCGUCGGAAACGAGUCCGAGCAUCAAGCUGCUGAACAGGAGUAACUCCACAUGCUCUGAGGCGUAUCUUUACCCAGUGAUAAGGCGAUACGUUGAGAACUUUCAGAACGGUUUCAAAGUGCUGCCAAGGACUGUGGAGUUCAUGUGCUCGGACGGCGGUUUGAAGCAGGCAAAAAGCUUCCGAGGCAACGAGGCUCUCCUCAGUGGUCCAGCUGGAGGUGUGGUUGGAAUUGCAAGAUCAUGUUUUGACGAGGAGGAAAGGACACCACUCAUCGGUUUCGAUAUGGGCGGAACUUCCACCGAUGUCUCGAGAUACGAUGGAAAAUAUGACUACUUGACGGAAACGACGAUAGCGGGAAGGCCGAUCAAUGUGCCCAUGUUGAACAUUGCGACAGUUGCAGCGGGAGGAGGCUCCAUUCUCUUCGCACGCAAUGGGCUACUGGUCGUCGGUCCGGAAAGUGCAGGGGCUCAUCCCGGCCCAGCGUGCUACAGAAAAGGAGGGCCUUUAACUGUUACCGACGCCAACCUUUUUCUUGGUCGCCUCGUGCUGUCUUCAUUUCCUUCAAUAUUCGGAGAAAAUGCGGAUAAGGCUUUAGACCCCAAGAUUGUCGCUGAGAAGUUCAAAAACAUCACAGAAGACUUCAACAAACAGACAUCACAGCAAUUGGCCCCAGAGGAAGUCGCCUUGGGGUUCCUCAAUAUUGCCAACGAAACAAUGAGUCGUCCCAUCAGGAAUACUACAGAGGCCCGAGGCUUUUCACCGGAAGCACACAACUUGGUUAGUUUCGGAGGAGCUGGCGGACAGCAUGCGUGCUCCAUUGCGGACAAACUUGGGAUCAAGCGUGUAUUGAUACAUAAAUGGUCAUCACUUCUCUCAGCAUAUGGUAUCUCACACGCUGAACUCCAAUACGAAACCCAGGAACCUUAUUCGAGCAAACUUGGCCCGGACUCUUUGGAGCCUGUUCGAAACCGCCUGGCUGGGCUUCGCACGCGAGUGGGUGGUGAAUUGCUCAGCCAGGGAGCCAGCCAAGCGUCGCUGUCUUUCGACGAGUCCUUGGUCCUGCGGUAUUUCGGUACCGACACCAGUAUCACGAUAUCAAGGCCAGCUGAUGAAGACUACGCUGCUGCAUUCACACAGUACCAUUUACGAGAAUUCGCUUUUACAUUGAAUCGGGAUAUCAUUAUUGAGUCGGUGAAAGUGAGAGGAACGGGAAGCGUCGGGCCCACGCAGCGUGAAAUGUUUCCGACACAGGAGCUUUUGGCGGUGAAAGCAGCUCCGCGCUCCACGAACCCAUCCUGCCAUCAGCAAGUCUAUCUUGACGGUUGUUGGAUGAACGUUGGUGUGUAUCAGCUCGAUACUGUCGACAAAAGCUCUGUGAUCGAGGGACCGGCAUUGAUCAUUGACAAGACGCAAACAAUCCUCGUUGAACCCAAAUUUCAUGCCUACUUCAUCACCAACCAUGUCGUCUUGGAACGAAUCGAUGAGAAGGCCUUCUCACAUGGAAGCGUCGCGCUAAGCGACAAAGUCAAUCCAAUCCAGUUGUCCGUGUUUGCCCACCGAUUCAUGGGGAUUGCCGAGCAAAUGGGCAACACACUACAGCGAACAUCAAUUUCCACAAGUAUCAAGGAACGACUUGACUUUUCUUGUGCAAUAUUCUCACCCGACGGCAAGCUUGUUGCCAAUGCUCCACACAUCCCAAUCCAUCUUGGCAGCAUGCAGUUCGCAAUACAACAUCAACACCGUCUAUGGAAAGACAGACUCCGCCCUGGAGAUGUUCUUCUGACCAAUCAUCCUCAGUGCGGUGGGACACACCUCCCAGACCUGACUGUCGUGAGCCCUGUAUUUUUUGGGGAUAGCAUUGUGUUUUAUGUCGCCUCCCGCGGCCAUCACACGGACAUUGGGGGACGAGGCAUCACCUCGAUGAUGCCUGAGUCAAAACAAUUGUGGGAAGAGGGAAUAAGCAUAGAGUCGAUGAAGAUAGUCAGUGGCGGACAUUUCCUCGAGGAUGAUAUCCGAGAAGCCUUUGCUGCAGCAGGUAAAUUUCCCGGCUGUAGCGCAACGCGACGGAUAGGGGACAAUUUAUCAGACCUCAGGGCUCAAGUCGCCUCAAAUCAGCGUGGCAUCGUGCUCCUCGGCAAGCUCUGUGACGAAUUCUCUCUUCCAGUGGUGCAUCGCUACAUGGAGGGUAUACAAGCAAAUGCAGAAUUUGCGGUUCGAGAAUUCUUCAAGAAAAUUGCCAUGGAUCAUCCUGAGCCGCUGACGGCGACGGAUUGGUUCGACGAUGGCACGGCCAUCAGCUUGAGUGUGAUAAUCGACCCCGAGACAGGAUCCGCGACAUAUGACUUUGAAGGAACGGGACCGCAGAGCUGGGGCAAUUACAACUGCCCCAUUUCCAUCACCCAUUCAGCGAUUCUAUACACUAUCCGGUGUCUGGUUGACAUAGACAUACCUCUUAACGAGGGAUGUCUCACCCCAGUUGACAUCCGCGUUCCUAAGGGCUCUAUACUCAAUCCUUCACCUACAGUCGCGGUCUGCGGCUCAACGCUGGCCAGUCAGCGCAUCGUUGAUACAAUUUUGAUGGCAUUCGGUCGAUGUGCCGCCAGCCAAGGAUGCGCGAAUAGUUUCGGUUGGGGCAUGGGUGGACGAGACCCUGAGACGGGGCAAAUUGUUCCUGGAUGGAGCUAUGGCGAGGCUUUAGGUGGAGGGGUGGGUGCCGGUCCCGGUUGGCAUGGAGAACACGCCGUGAAUGUGCACUCAACCAACACUCGAAAUACUGAUGCCGAAGUUAUCGAAAAGCGAACCGCGGUACUUGUACGCCGGUAUGGAAUUCGCGAAGGCAGCGGUGGUCUGGGGGAGUGGAACGGGGGAGACGGUACAGUCCGGGAGAUCGAGGCUCGUAUUCCCCUUAAAUUCAGCAUCCUCAGCGAUCGACGAGUGUACCAGCCAUAUGGUAUGAAUGGCGGGCUUCCGGGAAAGCAAGGCGAGAAUUAUGCCUUCAAGCUGAAUGAUAAAGGCGCAUUGGAGAAGAUUAACUUAGGAGGCAAAGCAGUAAUCAACUUGCAAGCCGGCGAGAUUAUGCAAAUUAAUACACCGGGAGGCGGUGGCUGGGGUGGGCCGAAGACAUAG